AUGCUGUGUCCGGAGGCACCGGAGCUGGAACUACUUUUGAUAUUCCUGGGGAUGACGGCCAACCGGCAGAUGCAACAGCAAAUAGAACUAAAUCUGAAGGCACGAAACCUGCGAUGGGAUGUCUGGUCUGGUCAACCUCCACCAGCAGCCGACAUUGAAUUCGAAACUUCUCCAGUUGAUCCAUCCAUCUUGGACCUUCCGCCGUUUCGGGAUACUGAUACCAGAGCUAAUCGUUCACAAUUUCACGGGCGUGAACAGGGGCAUGACCACUUUAGCCAUGGUAAGAGGAAGGAUAAAAACAAGAAUGAUUCGGGAUUUAUGCUUGACUGGGUGACAAGGAAAAAACAGAAAUCGGGAUUUAGCAGAAGGGACUCGCAUGUUAGAACAGAACGAUGGAGGGCGUCAGUAAUUAACGAGGAACUGCAUCGCCGAUAUCAGAUUGACCAAGAAACGAAAUGUUUUGGGGACUUUGCAAAGAUACUGCCUGAAUCAAACCGGCGAAAAACGCCCAGCUCAGAGAUCUUCAGCAUCAGCGCUGAAACAAAAUUGCUUGUCGAAAUCAAAGACAUCAUCGACGAACUUGGAAUUUUACACAUGAUCCUAAGCGAUCAGACAAUACUUAUAGAGGAGUUUUCCAAAUAUUUGGUUGAGCACAAGAAACCCAAAAAUGCAAAUCCAAGUGAUGACCAUUCCUCACCACUCUAUAAUCUUCUCGACUUGAAGCAAAAACAAAAUAAUGUCGCUGAAGCAUUGUCCGCACGUAAACAGGCCGAAAAUGCCUCGCACCAAGCAAGAGCAACCAAGGACCUUACCGAGCGGGGUCUGGAGAAUGCUAACCUUGCCCGCCAGCAAGCAGAUGAAUCCAUACGGCAAGGCAGAACAGUGCUAGUUUUCACCGUGGUCACUAUCAUAUUUGUGAGAACUCCUCUGCCGCGCUUCAAAUGCGAUCUGAAAAUUAAUCGAGAGAUUCAGCUUCCGUUAUCGUUUAUGGCUGCGUUUUUCGCCAUAAAUAUCGAUUCUUUCCCUUGGAAUAAAGGAGAUAAGCUCCCAAUGGAUUACGUCUUGAGAUACAUGUUCAGCAUAUCCGGGGCAAUAUCCAUCCCUUUUAUUCUGAUUGCAUUGAACCAGGAUCGCAUUGCAGAAUUUUUAAAGAACCAUGGAAAACCAACGGCGACUGUUUUUAUCGUUCUAUCGCUGGCAAUACUACUUUCAGUCAUUUGGACCAGGGAUCUGGCGCCAGGAAUGAAAGCGGCUGUGACUGUCUUCAUUGUUUUGUUGACAAUACUGGCUCUUGCAGUUCGCAACAGCAAGAAAAGCAGCAAAAACUCCACCCCAGCCAAGUAUCAUAGCGACUACUCCGCUGUGAGAUCUGACGACGCCAUAAUAGAGCUCCUCAUGCAUGAUACAAAGGCUAACAAGGAAGCAAGCCCCACUAAGACAGUCGUGACACGAGACAUCACCUUUGAGGGAAAUGGUUUGACCUGA